UCCCUCGUAUUCUUCUUCUUGAACAAGCAAUUGAAGGAAGCCCAAAAAAUGGGAGAGAAAGAGAUCGAGAAGGGCGAUAGCAGCUCAGGCGACUCAGCUCGGCCUUGGCAGUCUUACCACACUGUAUACACCAACGCCAAACCAGGUAUGGAUGGAGUGGACAAGGAGAAAGUGCAAAGAAUAGUAUAUGAAAUGAGCAAAGGGUCGAAGUAUUUCGAGAAUGAGCAACGCAAGGAGGCCUUUACAAGGCAAAAAAUUGAGAGCAUGCGUGCUCAGUGUGCCAAGCUCACAGCAGCCGAUAUAUCUCAUUAUCAGACGAUGGCAAAUAAACAAAUUUCAGAGCUAGAGGGUACACGCGACUUGUCAAGGGUUUGGCUGCAUGUAGAUAUGGAUGCUUUUUAUGCCGCUGUUGAAACAUUAAGUAAUCCAUUGUUAAAGGGCAAGCCAAUGGCUGUUGGGAGCAUGUCUAUGAUCUCUACGGCCAAUUAUGAGGCACGGAGAUUUGGGGUUCGUGCAGCAAUGCCAGGUUUCAUUGCGCGUAAAUUAUGUCCAGAGUUAAUUUUUGUUCCCACAGAUUUUAAGAAGUAUACUUAUUUCAGCGAUUUAACUAGAAAAGUCUUCCAUAAGUACGAUCCCAACUUCAUGGCUACUAGUUUGGAUGAAGCAUUCCUUGAUAUAACUGAUAUCUGCAAAGAAAGGGUCAUAAACAGUGGAGAAAUUGCUGAAGAACUCAGAACCACUGUUUAUGAAGAGACUGGUCUUACAUGUAGUGCUGGGGUGGGACCAAACCGCUUACUUGCUAAGGUUUGCUCAGAUAUAAACAAGCCAAAUGGACAAUUUGUCUUACCAAAUGACUGGAUGGCUGUCAUGACAUUUAUAUCCUCACUUCCCAUACGAAAGAUUGGGGGCAUUGGCAAGGUCACUGAACAUAUUUUAAGGGAUGUAUUUGGAAUAAAUACAUGUGAGGAUAUGCUACAAAAAGGUGGUUUUGUUUGUGCACUCUUCUCUCAUUCUACAGCAGAAUUCUUCCUCUCUGUGGGACUGGGGCUUGGGAAAACAGACACCCCUCAAGUCAAGUUGCGAAAGAGUAUCAGUAAUGAGAGAACAUUUGCAGCAACAGGGGACGAGGCCUUACUUCACCAGAAAUUAUGUGAUCUCGCGGAUAUGUUAUCUGCUGACAUGCAGAAAGAAGGUCUUUCAGGGCGAACGUUGACUCUAAAACUGAAAACAUCAUCAUUUGAGGUUAGAACCAGAGCUAUGACUUUACAACAGUAUAUUUGCUCAAGCGAGGAUAUUUUGAAAUAUGCUUCAAAUCUGCUAAAGGCUGAACUUCCCGUCUCUUUGAGACUGAUAGGUCUGCGGUUGUCGCAAUUCAAUGAAGACAAGGUUGGUGCUCCAUCUGAUACUACACAAAAAACUCUCACCGACUUUCUUUUGUCAAGAGAUACUUCUAGGAAACUUGGUGGUCGUAAUGGUUCAUUGGGCGCAAUUAUUGAUGAUCAUCGCUUCAUGAAUGACACAGAAACAGAUUUUCCUAUUGACAGCCAUGAGAUAUAUGGUUAUAAUGGUAAAGAUUUAUUGGAUUCCAACCACUUACCAUAUCUGAAUGACAAUAAUCAUGCUAUUAGCAACAAGGCUGGCGAAAUGGGGAAAAUUCACGAACCUUUGAACAAUGAAACUGCAAAUGAGACAAAUCUCCCAGAACCAAAAUCUCAUCAAAAUGCAGUAUCCGAGUUGUUGGAAGCGGAUUCAUCUUCUGUGCCGUUUACAUGUAGCAGUCUAGAUGAAGAAAAUAAGAGAGCUAACUUGCUGGAUGAUGAGGCAGUUUCUACAUCCAAUCAGAGCGAGCUACUUAUGUGGGUAAAUGAUUACAAGUGUUCAUUAUGUGGAAUUGAAUUACCACCAAGUUUUGUAGAGGAAAGGCAAGAACACUUUGAUUUUCAUCUUGCUGAGAGACUUCAGAAAGAGGAAUCUCUCUAUGACACGAGAACUAUAAAGCAGAGACACAGGUUUUCCCAGAAGGAUAACGUGGCAAGCCAAAGCAAACGUAAAAAGCAGAAGACUUGCCCAAAAGAUAAGGGACGUAUUCCAAUAGACGCGUUCUUUGUCAAGAGUAGUAAGAACUUUUAGUGGUGUGAUCUAUUUUUAGUAAUCCAUGUAUAUUAGCCGUAUGUAUGCUAUAUCAAAAAUCCUGCAAAUUAUUAACUUCAUGAGCAAUGUACAAUAUGUAAAUAUUUCCAUGAUGAUAGUAAAUAAAGGAGUCACGUGUUUAUCUCCU